AUGGCUUACUUGACAAAGAGAUUUCAGAAGAUGGUCCGCAGAAAUGGAGGUAUUCCAAAGAAGGGCAGCUCCAACAAGUUAAGAGGAUAUGACUUAUGUCAUAAGUGCGGGAAGCCAGGACAUUUCAUCAAGGAUUGUCCCCUUCUCAAGCAAAACCAGUACAAGCAUAACACAGACAAAGCAGCCAAGAGGAACCCGAGAGAUUCUUCCAGCGAAUCUGUAAAAGAUGAUGCACAAUGUGACACCUCCAUGAUGGCAGUCAAAAGUGAAGCAGCUAAUUAUGAUUCUAUCUUUGCCCUGAUGGCAAAAUAUGACGAUGAUGAAGAUAAUGAUGAUGAUGAGAUCUAG